AUUCAAAUUUUUAACUUUCAUUAACAUGCUGUUGCACUUUGUGUACUUCAACGUAGCCGCUGUCACAGAAUUUCACGAGAUCAUUAAGAAGCGAAAAAGCCACAUCUUCGCGUCCGUUUGCGACCAUAUGUUUGCCUGUUUUGUGUUCCCCGUCGGAACGACUGUGAGCGUCUUAUUUUGGGGUUUGUACGCUGCCGAUCCAAACUCUUGUCAAACACCAGAAGAAGCCAAACAAAUUCCCGCGUGGCAUAAUCACUACAUGCAUACGUUUCCUUUAGUGACAAUCUUGGAACUAUGCUUUAUUCGCCACGAAUACCCGACUAAGAAGAAAGCCAUGGUUUCCGUGGUAGGAUUCGCAGCCUGUUACCUUCUCUGGAUUCUGUGGAUAGCAUUUGCAGCAGAUAUUUGGGUGUAUCCGUUUUUAGAGAAGCUAGAUACGCUCUCCAUUGCUGCAUUUUUCGCGUUUUCCGUCGGAGUAUUCAUAUUCAUUUACCAUAUAGGAGAGUGGGUGGCUGUAUGGAGAUGGGGACAAGGUGCUUCAGUGGAAAAGAAAAAACUCUAAGUUAGCUGUAAUUAAAAAUUAUAGAGUGUGGAUAUUUUUGCGUGACAAAAAAACAUGGCGUGACACUUUUUUUAGAUUUCUUAGAAAGAAAGAGGAGGGAUUUUAGAUCCUAGCAGCAACCACUAGAUUAUUUAUCCUCUUAAAAACGGAAAAAAGCAAACACUGUAAGUUUUUUCAGAAUAUUUCUAGCCAGCUCAAAUUCUUCCCUUGACAUUUGUAACUAGUUAUUGCAUUAUAUUGUAAGUACAAAAGAAAAGUAAUUUUGCCAAGGAAAUGUUUCAAAAAUUACUUUACAUGGAGACCUAGCCAAAGAAAGCCAUAGAUUUUGGAAUUUUUUAAAAAAUUACAGGAAUUAUUGCAGCUUAAAACACAGCAUUUGUAUAUGAAGUCCUCUUUCACUACAGCCUUGCUCAUCAUCAAUAUGAAAAAGUUGGGAGGCAUUUAAAUCUUAGGGACUGUGGAUUGCCCUUUUCCUUAUCUAUCAACAUUUAAAACUGAACAAAAGCAAGAGAAAAUCUCUUUGACUGAUUCUGACUUCUAAGAGUGACUGACACCUACUUUUUCCUGAAACAAACUUUGAAGUCACAAGGAGAGAGAAAAUGAUCAGUUAAAGAAGCUCUUGAUUGUUAAACAAAUUCUCCUUGUCUGCACCUUAGGAAAUGUAUAGAGAACAGUAUGGAGAAUAUGCACAUACUGAUUCUAGGGUGCAAAGGAUUAAAUUCAAUUUCUCAGUUAUUAUGAUAUCACCACUGACCAUGAGUUUAUGAUACAAAUUUUCUUCAAGAGUGGGGCAACAGUUGGAAACUUUUACAACUCUUAUCAGAGGGUACAUUCUCCUUAUCUUACUUUUCUCUUCCUCUUUCACCUCUUUUUUUUUCCGUCCAUUUAACCUGCUGCCUAGACAGGCUAUACUUAACAAAAAUCGGGAAAAGGAAAUGUUUAAAAAAUUACUUUACAUGGAGACCAAGCCAAAGAAAGUCAUAGAUUUUGCAAAUUUUUAAAAAGUAUAAGAAUCAUUGCAGAUAAAACACAGCAUUUGCAGAUGAAGUCCUCUUUCACUACUGCCUUGCUCAUCAUUAAUAUAACAGGGAAAAGCUAGCUAUAACUGCAGGAUAGAGUUUUCAACUUCUUAACAAGUCUUGUCUGUGAUGGCCUUGGUUCGAUUUGCGAGAGCAUAUUUGAGCAACAAAAUACACAGCAAAUGACUAGGAUAUCAAUUUACUUUCAUGACCUUUUGUAUUGUUUGCUUUCAGUCUAGUAGCACAUGAAAUCUCAAAUCCGAUUACAAGAGAAAUGAUCUUCAAAUA